AUGGAACUACGGACAAGGAGGCGUUCCCACCCCCGCCCAUCUCCCAAGGUAUAUAAGGGCUGGACGAGAGCUUCGGGUCAUAGCUACCUACCUACACAAGCAGCUAUGAAGACUUUGGCUGUUGUCGUGCUCGUGGCGGUGGCCGCCGGACAGCAGUUCGACCAACAAAGGCAGUUCAACACUGCUGUCAGACUCGCUACUCCUGGAUACUUCCAACAGUCGGGCAGAUUUUCUUCUAGCCAAGGCAGUGCUAAGCAAUUGCAGAAUAGCUUUUCCACGUCCAACAGCUUCAGUAACAAUCAGCAAGCUUCCUUCCAAUCAGGAUCAUCAAGCUCAGGUGUGAAUUCUGGGGCAUUCCAGAGCAGCCAGUUCGAAACCAAUGCUGGAACCAACCGCAAUCAAUUCCAGGGAGGCUCCUUCCAGCAAACCCAGCAGAAUCGUUUUGCCUCAGAUAACCUGCAGCAGAACAGGGCUAAUCAAUUCCAGUCAAGUAUUAACAGCCAGCAGAAUACCGACAGGUUCACCCAAUCUAACCAGUUCGGUGGUGCCAACCGUAUCCAAACCAACACCAACCAGAUCAAUUCCGGAAGCCAGUUCCAAACUAGCAACAACCAAUUUCCAUCUGAAAACCGUUUCCAAACCAGCAGCAACAGAGGAAGUGCUGCUGGUGCAUUCCUGACAAGCAAUAACCAGGCCAACAUUGAAAGCAGUUUCCAGGCUAACAAUCAACAGGCUAAUUCUUUCCAGGCUAACAAUCAACGGGCUACUUCCUUCCAGGCUAACAAUCAACAGAAUACUGCUACCCGUUUCAGUCAGGAAUCUGGGGCAUUCACUGGCCAGAGAGAUUCUCAAGCCUUUUUCCAGGAUAACCAAAGAAAUACUGAUUCCAGUGUCCAGUUUGCUAACUCCAACCAGAAUUCCAAUAACCGCUUCCAAUUUAACACUAACCAGCAGACCUCCAGUAACCGUUUCCAGUCUAAUCAACAGCCUUCCAAUGCUCGCCUUCAGUCCAACUUCAACCAACAGACUUCCAAUGCUCGCUUCCAGUCUAACCUUAAUCAACAGACUUCCAACGCUCGCCUCCAGUCCAACAUCAACCAACAAACCUCGAAUGCUCGCCUCCAGUCCAACAUCAACCAACAAACUUCCAACGCUCGCCUCCAGUCCAACAUCAACCAACAAACUUCCAACGCUCGCCUCCAGUCCAACAUCAACCAACAAACUUCCAACGCUCGCCUCCAGUCCAACAUCAACCAACAAACCUCCAAUGCUCGCCUCCAGUCCAACAUCAACCAACAGACUUCCAAUGCUCGCCUCCAGUCAAACAUCAAUCAACAAAAUUCCAAUGCUCGCCUCCAGUCCAACAUUAACCAACAGACUUCUGUUGCAGGCGUCCAGUCUAACCUUAAUCAACAGACUUCCAACGCUCGCCUUCAAUCCAGCCUCAACCAACAGAGUUCCAAUGCUCGCCUCCAGUCCAACAUCAACCAACAAGCCAACAGUCGCUUCCAAUCCAACUUCAACCAACAGAACACCAACAGCCGUUUCUCGCAAAACUCUCAGUCUCAGACCAGCUCUCUUGUUCGGUCUGGUUCAACCUUCGAGUCUGCCGCUGGGUCGGUCGAUGGAGUCUUUGAGCCUCUGAACCUUCCAUCUGGUGCUAGCUUCCUGCUGGGAAGUAUCUCCACCUCCUUCCAGUGCCUUGACCGGCCAUAUGGAUACUACGCUGAUCAGGACAACUCAUGCCGUGUAUUCCACAUUUGUUACCCAGCUCUCUUCUCCAGUGGUGCCAUCGAAACCUACCAGUACAGCUUCAUGUGUGGUGAGGGAUCCGUGUUCGACCAGAAGGAACUCACCUGUGUAGCCGAGCUGGAGGCCAUCCCUUGCCAGGAAUCCUCCAACUUCUAUUACACCAAUGAACAGUUUGGUCGUAUUGAGGACAAGACCUUCUAA